ACAUCAGACAUCUUGUUAAAGUUCCGUUCCACAUGGAAUUUACCUCUAUGAUCCUAUGGAGCAUUUGGAGAAGCAGAAAUGAGUAUAUCUUCCAAGGCUAGGUGCUCUCGGCCAUGGUCUUGUGACAAGUGAGGUCAUUAAAUAUAGUAAGAUAAGAUACUGUGAGAUCACGAAACAGAUAAACAAAUAAUCAUGAGUUAGAUUUCUAUUUGAUGGUCCACACCACGAUUAGUUGUUUAGCUGUACCACGUCCAUCAUGCGGCAAGCACAUAGCACGGGCUGUUGUAUUUUCAAGUGAGAAAGUUGGAAAUCCAGCGUGGCCACGUCGAGUGCAUAAACUAAACAAUCAAAGAUGGUUCUUCACUCGGACGAGGUUUAGUUGGUGUAUACAUAAGUGAUGGACAAGGCUGUGGCUUCUUCACACUUGAUGUUUAGUUGUGAAUUCAUCUUCCUCCUCCUCCUUUCAUUCUCCGCUGCCUCUUCUCUGCCAGUGCAGUCCACCAAUUCUCUGAACAGUUCUUCACUUGCAAAUUGCACAUUGUGAGUUUGGGAUGGCCGAUUGGAGCAUGGAACCUGCUGUAUGGGUACCCAGCGAUUAUCGGCUGGCCGAUUGGUCCAUGGAACCUGCACCUGCAGUAUGGGUUCCUGGCCUCCCUAUCGAGUAUGUGUCAACUGAGAUGCUUGGCAGCUGCUUCCAAGUGUCCGUCCCUAGCUCAAUUGGAGAACAGCAGCUGGUUGAGUAUACAGCUGCAGCCACACCGGUUGAGAAAGCCGCACAAGAACCACGUGAGGUGGUUGAUUUCCAUGGGAUGGAAAUGUACAUCCACAGUCCGAUUCGUUUGUUCGAGAAAUCGGCACACGAGUUUAAGGUCGACGUCGACAAGAUGGGGACCAAGAUGCAUAGAUACCCUUCAUACUUUCCAGAUCUCCCGACACGAUACAAAGUCCCGGGGACAGUGGCCAUUGGCCCUUACAACCACCAUUACGACCACCUCCAGCCAGCGGAGCAUGUGAAGCAUGUGGCCGCGUACCACUGCAUAAGGCAGUCGCACGGCCACACAGUCCAGGAGAUGUAUGAUGCGGUCGUCUCGGUGGCGGACCAAGCCCGCAGCCUCUACGACGAGGAUGUGAUGGCAGGUAUCAGCAAUGAUGACUUUCUUCCCAUGAUGUUCUAUGAUGCUUGUUUCUUGGUGCAGUACAUGCUUACUUGUACUGUUGACGACCUGGAGGAUAUGGAUGAGUCGUUGCGUAGUUUCUUUGACUCCAAUGACGAAGCCAUCUUUAACGACAUCAUGCUUCUGGAGAACCAGAUCCCUUGGCUGGUUAUGGAGACUGUGUUGAGGUUCAAGUCUGUCCCCUUGGAGGACUUCGUUACUUCGUUGAAAGGCUUCCUGCAGGACCGCAAGGAUCUCAACAUUCAGACUGUUGUCCUGGAUGAUUUCUUCGAACCACCGCAUCUGCUCGGCCUCCUCCGAUUCUAUGUUGUAGGAAGAAGCAACGCCAUCGCCGAGCGGAAACGCCUAGAGCCAACCGAGUCCAUAUCAUUUUCUGUAAGUGCGGUUGAGCUUAAGGAAAUUGGCAUCACCCUCGCUGUCAGCAAAACAACAGAGCUCAUGGAAGUUGGCAUCAACAUAGGAAACUUCUUCGGAGAGCUCUCCCUGCCACAGCUGUCCCUCGACGCCACAAACGCAAGCAUCCUUGUCAACAUGGCGGCUUUUGAGUUAUGCACCACCCCAAAUUUUCAAGCUGACCUCGUCGACGAGAAUUCUGCUGUCUGCUCCUACCUCCAACAUCUGGCCAUGAUCGUGGACCGAGAGGAGGACGUGCACGAGCUGCGAAGAAAGCGUGUCCUGCAAGGAGGGGGAGGGCUCACCAACAAAGAUGUGGUUGAGUUCUUCACAAGUUUGCAGGACCUGCGCCUUGGAUCCUGCUACGUCCGCACCAUGGAAGAGAUUGAGAACUACAGGAAGAGAAGGUGGUUCUGGAUCGAUAUACUCAAGUUUUAUAACGAGAACAAGAAAACAAUCGCCACUGUCGUCUCCGGCACUGCUGCACUUGGCAGUGUCUUAGGGACGAUCCUGUCUCUCAAGAAAUAGCAGUGUUCUGACCCGUAAUGCAGUAUGUUGUAUCUUUGGUAAUUAAAUAUCUUUGUGUCUGAAUUUCAUUUGUAGUAAAAUGUUGUCAGUUUUUGCCUGUCACUAGAAUAGAGUAGUGCAAAUUGUAACGAGCAGGUCGCGCGCGUGUGUGUCUAUAUAUAUACCUGGAAGUUAUCACAACAUUUCCUUUUGUAAAGUUAGUUCUAUUCAAUUUUGUGAUUUAAUGAAUCGAAUUCAGUUCAAA